UUGAGGAUAUUCUGCUCCGCGGGUAUUUGCAUCUCGGAGUUAGGCAGCCGCAGUCGCUUCUUAGCGGGAAGUGUAUCGGGUUCACCGCUGCUCGGAGCGGUCCUUUGUUUUCCACUGGAGCGGAAGGAGAGUGCUGCCAUGACGGCCCCUGCUCAGCCCAAGAAAAUCGUGGCCCCUACGGUGUCUCAGAUCAACGCGGAGUUCGUGACCCAGUUAGCUUGUAAAUACUGGGCUCCCCAUAUCAAGAAAAAAUCACCUUUUGACAUAAAGGUGAUUGAAGAUAUAUAUGAGAAAGAAAUUGUCAAAUCAAGGUUUGCCAUCAGAAAGAUAAUGCUCUUGGAAUUUAGCCAGUAUCUUGAAAAUUACCUCUGGAUGAAUUAUUCUCCAGAAGUGUCCAGCAAAGCCUAUUUAAUGUCAAUCUGCUGUAUGGUGAAUGAGAAGUUCAGAGAAAAUGUCCCUGCAUGGGAGACUUUUAAGAAGAAGCCAGAUGACUUCCCAUUCUUUUUCAAGUGUAUCUUGAAAGCGGCGUUAGCUGAAACUGAUGGUGAAUUUUCACUCCAUGAACAGACAGUCUUAUUGCUUUUUCUUGAUCAUUGCUUCAAUAGUUUGGAAGUAGACUUGAUACGGAGUCAAGUGCAGCAGCUUAUCUCCCUUCCAAUGUGGAUGGGCUUACAGCCUGCACGAUUGGAAUUAGAAUUAAAAAAGACACCUAAACUAAGAAAAUUCUGGAACUUGAUUAAAAAGAAUGAUGAAAAGAUGGAUCCAGAAGCAAGAGAACAAGCCUAUCAAGAAAGAAGAUUUCUUUCACAGCUCAUCCAGAAGUUUAUCUCUGUGCUGAAAUCAGUUCCACUUUCUGAACCUGUCACUAUGGACAAAGUUCAUUAUUGUGAAAGAUUUAUUGAACUUAUGAUUGAUCUAGAGGCCCUACUCCCCACGAGACGCUGGUUUAAUACCAUCCUGGAUGACUCCCACCUUUUGGUUCACUGUUACCUUUCCAAUCUUGUUCGUAGAGAAGAGGAUGGCCAUCUUUUUUCCCAGCUUUUGGACAUGCUUAAGUUCUAUACUGGUUUUGAGAUUAAUGAUCAGACUGGAAAUGCUCUGACAGAGAAUGAGAUGACUACGAUUCACUAUGAUAGAAUUACUUCUCUACAGAGAGCUGCUUUUGCACAUUUCCCUGAGCUCUAUGAUUUCGCCCUUUCAAAUGUUGCAGAAGUAGAUACUCGGGAAUCCUUGAUCAAGUUUUUUGGACCUCUUAGUUCAAAUACACUCCACCAGGUGGCAUCAUACCUCUGCUUGUUACCAACUCUUCCUAAAGGUGAAGACACGACUUUUGAUAAAGAAUUUCUUCUAGAAUUGUUGGUAUCUCGUCAUGAGCGUCGAAUUUCUCAGAUUCAGCAGUUGAACCAGAUGCCUUUGUAUCCAACCGAGAAAAUCAUAUGGGAUGAAAAUAUUGUCCCAACUGAGUACUAUUCUGGGGAAGGUUGUCUUGCUCUUCCCAAGUUGAAUUUGCAGUUUUUGACUCUUCAUGAUUACCUCCUAAGGAACUUUAAUCUCUUCCGCUUAGAAUCAACUUAUGAAAUAAGGCAGGACAUCGAGGAUAGUGUCAGCAGAAUGAAGCCAUGGCAGUCUGAGUAUGGCGGGGUGGUAUUCGGUGGCUGGGCGCGAAUGGCCCAGCCCAUCGUGGCGUUCACCGUGGUGGAGGUUGCCAAACCCAGCAUAGGCGAGAACUGGCCAACCCGGGUUCGCGCAGAUGUCAGCAUCCAUCUGAACGUCAGAGACCACAUCAGAGAUGAGUGGGAAGGACUUCGGAAGCAUGAUGUAUGCUUUUUAAUUACUGUACGUCCCACAAAACCUUAUGGUACCAAGUUUGACCGGAGGAGACCUUUUGUUGAGCAGGUUGGCCUGGUUUACGUCAGAGGCUGUGAGGUCCAGGGCAUGCUGGACGAUAAAGGGCGUGUCAUUGAAGACGGACCUGAACCCAGACCCAAUCUUAGAGGAGAAUCAAGGACAUUUAGAGUGUUUUUGGAUCCAAACCAGUAUCAACAAGAUAUGACCAAUACGAUACAAAAUGGAGCAGAAGAUGUGUAUGAAACUUUCAAUAUAAUAAUGAGGAGAAAACCGAAGGAAAAUAACUUUAAGGCUGUGCUGGAGACUAUUCGGAACCUGAUGAAUACUGAUUGUGUGGUACCUGACUGGCUGCAUGACAUCAUUUUAGGUUAUGGGGAUCCAAGUAGUGCACAUUAUUCCAAAAUGCCCAAUCAGAUCGCCACCCUUGAUUUCAAUGAUACAUUUUUCUCCAUUGAGCAUUUAAAAACCAGCUUUCCUGGUCAUAAUGUUAAAGUAACUGUGGAUGACCCAGCUCUACAGAUACCCCCUUUCAGGAUAACUUUUCCAGUAAGAAAUGGAAAGGGGAAGAAAAGGAAAGAUGCAGAGAAGGAAGAUGAAGACACGGAAGAGGCAAAAACCUUAAUUGUUGAACCUCAUGUUAUUCCUAAUAGAGGUCCUUAUCCUUACAACCAGCCCAAACGGAAUACAAUUCAGUUCACUCAUACACAGAUAGAGGCCAUCCGUGCUGGAAUGCAGCCUGGGCUAACUAUGGUUGUGGGCCCACCAGGUACAGGAAAAACAGAUGUGGCAGUCCAAAUCAUAUCCAACAUCUACCACAAUUUCCCAGAGCAGAGGACUCUGAUUGUUACUCAUUCCAAUCAGGCCCUGAACCAGUUGUUUGAGAAAAUCAUGGCUUUAGACAUUGACGAGCGUCACCUCCUGCGUCUUGGUCAUGGAGAAGAAGAGCUGGAGACGGAGAAAGAUUUCAGCAGGUAUGGAAGAGUUAAUUAUGUCCUAGCUCGAAGAAUAGAACUUUUAGAAGAAGUCAAACGAUUGCAGAAGAGUCUAGGGGUUCCAGGAGAUGCUUCAUAUACUUGUGAAACUGCAGGGUAUUUCUUCUUAUAUCAGGUAAUGUCUCGUUGGGAAGAGUAUAUCAGCAAAGUGAAAAAUAAAGGUAACACGUUACCAGAUGUUACUGAAGUCUCCACUUUCUUCCCUUUUCAUGAGUACUUUGCAAAUGCCCCUCAACCCAUUUUUAAAGGCCGAUCUUAUGAAGAAGACAUGGAAAUUGCUGAAGGAUGUUUCAGGCAUAUUAAGAAAAUCUUUACUCAGCUUGAGGAGUUUAGAGCCUCCGAACUGCUUCGAAGUGGACUAGACAGAUCUAAAUACCUUUUGGUGAAAGAAGCCAAAAUCAUUGCUAUGACCUGUACUCAUGCUGCCUUAAAACGACAUGAUUUAGUCAAGUUAGGCUUCAAGUAUGACAACAUUUUAAUGGAAGAGGCUGCUCAGAUUCUGGAGAUAGAAACUUUUAUACCUCUUCUUCUACAGAAUCCUCAGGAUGGUUUUAGCCGACUAAAACGUUGGAUUAUGAUUGGUGAUCAUCACCAGUUACCUCCAGUCAUUAAGAACAUGGCCUUUCAGAAGUAUUCAAACAUGGAGCAAUCUCUCUUCACUCGCUUUGUCAGAGUUGGAGUUCCUACUGUGGACCUCGAUGCCCAAGGGAGGGCCAGAGCAAGCUUGUGCAACCUCUACAACUGGCGAUACAAGAAUCUAGGAAACUUACCCCAUGUGCAGCUCUUGCCGGAGUUUAGUACAGCAAAUGCUGGCUUGCUUUAUGACUUCCAGCUCAUUAAUGUUGAAGAUUUUCAGGGAGUUGGAGAAUCUGAGCCUAAUCCUUACUUUUAUCAGAAUCUUGGAGAGGCAGAAUACGUAGUGGCACUUUUUAUGUACAUGUGCUUACUUGGUUACCCUGCUGACAAGAUUAGCAUUCUAACAACAUAUAAUGGACAAAAGCAUCUUAUUCGUGACAUCAUCAAUAGACGAUGCGGGAGCAAUCCAUUGAUUGGAAGACCAAAUAAGGUGACAACCGUUGACAGAUUUCAAGGUCAACAGAAUGAUUAUAUUCUUCUUUCUCUAGUACGAACCAGGGCAGUGGGCCAUCUGAGGGAUGUCCGUCGCUUAGUGGUGGCCAUGUCUAGAGCCAGACUUGGACUUUAUAUCUUCGCCAGAGUAUCCCUCUUCCAAAACUGUUUUGAACUAACUCCAGCUUUCAGCCAGCUCACAGCCCGCCCACUUCAUUUGCAUAUAAUUCCAACAGAACCUUUCCCAACCAGUAGAAAGAAUGGAGAGAGACCAUCUCAUGAAGUACAGAUAAUAAAGAAUAUGCCCCAGAUGGCAAACUUUGUAUACAACAUGUAUAUGCAUUUGAUACAGACCACACAUCAUUAUCAUCAGAUUACCAAGUUUACCCAUUCAUCCACUGAUGGACAUUUGGGUUGUUUCCAAUUUUGGCUGCUACAAAUAAAGCUACUAUGAACGUUCUCCUACAAGUCUUUGUCCUUUCUCUCGGGUAAAUUUCUAGGAGUGGAAUGGUUGGAUAGUAUGGUAAGUAUGUAUUCAACUUCUUUUAAGAAACUGCCCACCUGUCUUACAAAGUGGUUGUACCAUUUUAUAUUCCCACCAGCAAUGUAUGAGAGCUCACACACACUUACUAUGUUUGGUCUUUUUAUUUUAGCAUUCCAGGAGGUGUGUAAUGGUCUCGUUGUGGUUUUAAUUGGCACUUCUCUAAUAACAAUUGAUAUUGAACAUCUUUUCAUGUGAUUAUUUACUAUCUGCAUAUCUUUGAGGAUGUGUCUGUUUAGGCCUCUCACUCACUUUUUUGGGUUGUAUUAUUGAGUUUUGAGAGUUUUAAAAUUUAUUCUGACUACAAGUUCCUCCUCAGAUGUUUGUUUUAUGAAUAUUUUCUCCUAGUCUGUGACUUGUUUUUUUCAUUUUUAAGUGUCUUUCAAAAAACAGUUUUAAAUUUUGACCAAGUCCCCGUGUAUCAAGUUGUUCUUUUGUGAUUCACGCUUUUUAUGUUCUAAAAGAACUUAGCCUGACCCAAAAUUACAGGGAUUUUUUCCCCUAAUGUUUUCUUCUAGAAGUUGUAUAGUUUAAUUUGCUAUUUAGAGGUAUGGUACAUUGUGGGUUAAUUUUUUUUAUAUGGUGCAAGGUAAGGUUGCAUUUUACUCAUUUGCGUGUGGAUAUCCAGUUGUUUCAGCACCAUUUCCUUCAGGCUAUAUUUUCCCUCUGUUGACUUGCCUUGUCAUUUUUUUUUUUGAGAUUAAAAAAGCAGUUUUUCAAAUUGAGAUAUAAUUGACAUAUAAUUUUAGUUUCAGGUGUAUAAAAUAAUGAUUUGCUAUUUCUAUAUAUUACAAAACAAUCACCACAAUAAAUCUGAUUAACAUCCUUCACCACACAGAGUUACACUUUUUUUUUUCUUAUUUUGAGAACUUUUAGGAUCUCACCUUGUUUUAGUAGAAAAAUCAAUUGGCCACGUAUGUGAGAGUCUACUUCUGGGCUUUCUAUUCUGUUCUGUUGAUCUUUGCAUCUUUCCUUUUUGCCUUUACUACACUACCUUUAUUAGAGUUUCUUUAUCGUAAAUCUUGAAAUUAGAUAAUGUGAGUCCUUCAGUUUUGUUAUGUUUCAAAAUGGUUUUGGCUGUUCUAGUUCCUUUGCUUUUCUGUAUAAAUUUUAGAAUCAGCUUGUCUAUUUCAACCCCCAGAAAAAGCAUGUUGAGGUUUGAUUAGGAUCAAUUUGGAGAAAUUAACAUCUUAACAAUAUUGAGUCUUCUUCCCAUGAAUAUGAUAUCUCUCUCCACUUCUUUAGGUCUUCUUUGAAUUCUCUCCUCAGUGUUUGGCAGUUUUCAGCAUACAGGCUUUAUACAUAUGUUGUUAGUUUUAUUGCUAAGUAUUUCACAUUUUGUGCUGCCAUUGUGAAUACUACUUUAAAAUUUUUUCAGUUUCCAACAAGAGAAACAGUUCCUGAAGAGAGAAGCCCAGCUUUAGCUCCAGACUGCCAUGGGGUAAAAGGGAAGCCAGGCAUAUAGAGCUGCUCCAGUGUUCUGGUUAAGUGGGACAGGAACCUUGUGCCCUGCUGCUCUCUCCCUGCCAUGGCCUUGUCUCAAGGCUUGGUUCCUUCUCACCCCUCACAGGGCCCCUUGAUUGAAGUUGGUCCUUUCUUGAGUUGGUGUGGCAGUCAGUCCUAAUCAGCCACUGUUUUUCCAGAGUGUUACAAUAAAUUCCUUUGCUAAAAAAUUUAAUAGCUUUUGAUAUUGUUUUUCUCCCUGAGGAUGUAAUGUAUGAUCUCAUCAUUAUUACCUGAUAUCUAGGCAGGCAUAUUCCAUGGAGUCAGUAAAACUUAGGCCAUUAUCAUCAGAGUUGUUACAUCUGUAAUAUAACAUGGCCAGCAGUGUUUUGGAGAAUUCUAGAGUGACAGUAUCAAUUAGGAAGAUAAUGUGAGAACUUAACUUUAUAAGCCAGUGUCUUUUUAUUUGGAUUCUUUGACGUCUUCCCGCUCUCUUUCUUUUUU